AUGGGAGGAGUAGGGUGUUUGGUAUCUCACUUGGCUUCGGAGCGAAUCAAAAGGAGGAAGCCUUUUUAUCAGGAUCUGCUUUAUCCGCAUUUAUUCGGCCUCAGGGCAGCGGCUCAUCUACUGCUGGCUGCUUCACAGCACCAAUCCCGAAACAUCCAGUCGUUCCGUGUUUACGACGGUACUUUUUUGUCGGAUUCACCGUGGUUACGCUGGGACAUGUGUUUAUUGAAUUACUAA